AUGCCUCAAGCCCGUUUGUCGACCACAUCCUCGUCAAUCGGCAUGCCGAUGGAAGGAAUCGUGGUACAUCCUCCAUCUUCAAAUCAGCUUCAUUCUUUGACAGAAAUCCUGGGCCACACGAGGUUCCGUGAUCUGAUUGACGGCAUAAGCUGUCUUACUCAAAGUCGAUUGCAUGGAAAAGGCCCCUACUUUGAACACGUACAUCCACUGUACCCCUUCUUGGAUCGCAGUGCCUUCGAAAACAAGGCAUUCGAUACCCAGGUAGAGGAUCACUUGAGCAAUGCCCCAUUUUCUGCACUUUACUUCACGGUCUUAGCGCUCGGCUGCCUAUAUGUCGAAGGCGGAUCUUUUGAUCCGGGAAAAGGCACAGCCUGGAAGCUCUUUCAACAUGCACUGGGUCUUUUUCCGGAGAUCCUUCAACCUCCGGAGACUUUAGUCAAUGUUCAAGGAAUUUUCGCCAUGAACUUCUCCUGCAUCCAGAUCAGCAAAACCCUGACAACCGAGGCGGCACGAAUGGUCCAGUGUCUGGGGUACAGUGCUGCGUACACCCCCGGCGAAGACGAGAAAGCAUGCCAUCGGGUAUUUUGGGUCAUAUACUGGCAGGAAAGGGUCGAAUGCUUUUUCUGCAGCCGUGCUCCAAUCAUAGCAGAUUACGACAUAGGAUGCCCGGUCCCAGAAACUCCCGCAGCCACAAUCGGUGACUUGGACUGGUUAAUGACCACGGCACGCUUAGGCCGUCUCAUCUCCCGAAUGUACGAGUGCCUAUUCUCCGUCAGCGCCGUCCGAGCCAACCUCAGCACCCGAAUCGCCGCAAUGAACACCAUCUCAGCCGAGCUCGAACAAUGGAAAGAAUCCCUUCCCAAACACUUUCAACUCAGUCAACCAUUCCGCCCCUCGCACUUUAAAAAGCCCUACGCCGUUAACAUGGCCAUCCAGCUCCGCCUCAUCUACUAUAGCCUCUCAAUCUCAAUCUGCCGCCUUCGUAUCCAUGUCAGCCCCAACGAACGCAAUCAAGGAAUCAACCUCCAACUCAUGGAAGCCGCACGCACGAUCAUAUAUCUCAGCCGGUACAUCGAUCACGAACCACACGUUCCGACAUGGACCCUAGGCAUCGUGCCCAUUUCCGCCCUCUUCAUCAUCUUCGAAUUCAUCAUCCACAACCCUCGACACGCCGAGACGAGCCUAAACCUAGCCUACCUUGACAUGGCAGUCGGGUACUUCAGCCGCUGGGAGGUGGAAAGCAAGGGGACGCUACCAUUUUCAUACGUAUCCGAAUUCGCACAUAUCGCAAGACAAUUCGUGCAGGAUGUGCAGAACCGACAGGACGUCGUGGCCAGACGUCCAGAGCAGACAACUAUCCCUUGGACGGAGGAACCAUCGAGGGAUUCGUUGGCAGGACAGAUACCGCUACAUAAUCCAAUGGAUGUUCUAGAGAAUGGCAUCAACGCAACAGACAUGGAAUUCGAUGAGCUCUUUUAUCCCAGUGAUCCUCUUCAGCCGAUAAUGGGGACGUCGAAUCCAUCGGCGAGUGAUUUCUCGGCGUUGUUUGAUUUUUCGUAUUGGAAUUGA